AGCUAAAUAGGUGGAGGAUGACUGUGCAACACAGCACUCAAGGGCAAGAUGGCAAGGGGACAGCCUCGGAGGAGCGAAGAGCCAUGGACAGCCUUGCAGAACAGAACAGAGUGCAAAACAAAGAUAAAACUCACAAGGUGUGGCAAGAUUACCCUGGGCAUCUUAACGGCGGUGCUUGCGGCAGUACUGAUUGGACUCAUUGCCUAUUUUGCUGCCUGUGGAAAAGAUUCUUUCUACUACCAUGUCAGCUUUAAGGUUAACAACAUUGACUAUGACAGCAAAUUUGCAAAGCCAUAUUCUCAGGAAUACAUGGACCUAAAUAAAAGGAUAGUGUCUUUGAUGAAUGAAACAUUUCAUGAAUCAAAACUGAGAAAACAGUACGUCAAAGCUCACACUGUUCAAGUAAGCAAAGCCAAAGGGAAGGUGCUGAUACAUGCUGUGCUGAAAUUUAAAGCCUGUUAUAGAAAUAAUGUAGAAAAAUACUGGGAAAGUGUUGAAGCCACUUUGUAUCAGAAACUCAAAGGCCAAACUGGAUUACUUAUAGACUCUUCCUCAUUUAAAUUUUCAGACAUUGCAAUGCCAAUAGCAGAAGAUCUUCUCAAUACAUGUUGUGGACGACGCACAUUUAUUCAUACAGGUCACAAAGUAGCAGGAGGCCAGGAUGCUGAGGAAGGAGAAUGGCCCUGGCAAGCCAGCCUUCAACAGAACAGUGUCCACCGAUGCGGAGCUACUCUGAUCAGUAACUACUGGCUUAUCACUGCUGCUCACUGUUUCAUACGGGCUGCAAAUCCCAAAGACUGGAAUGUUAGCUUUGGGUUUCUUCUAAGUAAACCACAAGCACUACGAGCUGUCAAGAAUAUUAUAAUCCAUGAGAACUACAGUUACCCUGCACAUGAUAAUGACAUAGCUGUUGUGCGUCUGUCUUCGCCAGUAUUAUAUGAAAGCAACAUCCGAAGGGCUUGUCUACCAGAAGCUACUCAAAAGUUCCCACCCAACUCAGAUGUAGUGGUCAGUGGAUGGGGAACGUUAAAGUCAGAUGGAGACAGUCCUAAUAUUCUCCAGAAAGGAAAAGUGAAGAUUAUAGACAAUAAGACCUGUAAUAGUGGAAAGGCAUAUGGCGGCAUGAUCACACCUGGAAUGAUGUGUGCUGGGUUCCUGGAGGGACGUGUUGAUGCCUGCCAGGGUGAUUCUGGUGGACCAUUAGUUAGUGAAGAUUCUAAGGGCAUCUGGUUCCUCGCUGGUAUUGUAAGCUGGGGCGAUGAAUGUGCACUUCCAAACAAACCUGGUGUCUACACUCGGGUGACAUUCUAUCGAGACUGGAUCACAUCCAAAACUGGGCUCUAGUGUGGUUUUUCUUUGUAGAUUCAAGCUCAGUGGUUACAUAGCUGUUAAAUAUGUUUGUAAUCCCCAAACCACAUUUUCUUAGAUAUUUCUCCUCUUCUACACAUUUAAAUAUAAAAUUUAACAGCAUGAAACUUUAGAUUUAAAAUGUUUAUUAAAGUUUGGCGUAUCUUUAGUGAGAUUUUGAACCAAAAUAUAUAAUUUUCUCCUUUACCCAUUUUGAGGAUAGGUAUAAUUAUUAAAGUGAAUAUGGUUUUGGUUUAUUAA